AUAGAUAGGCAUCUGUUGUGUUAUUUCUCAUAAUAUUGAGAAUGGCGCUCCUGGUGGCCAAUAUAAUGGUUAAAUCAUCAGCAGGUUUAAAAAUCGUGGAUCGUGGAUGUUAUUAUGGCACUUUGGUAGUGUUAGUACUUGUUUGUUUUGUCAACAUUACGAUCAAAGCAUUAUUUAAGAUUUGUAAGAUUAUCAAAUACUAAAAGUCUAUGACAGUCCCCAGAAACUUCAACCUCGGAUCUCAAAUGAUGUCAUAGUUUCAAUCACCAUAAUCUUAACAUAGUUAAUAAUUAGGGUUGUCUAUACUAUGCAUUAAAUAAGAAUUAUUUGACAAUUGACAUUUUAUGUAGGUAUUUCAUAUUUUAACAUUUAUUCAUUCAAUAUGAGUCGUGGAGGGAAAUCGAAAAAUGCCUACCUUCCUGGGGAGUUGGUGGCGUUGGGUUCUAAAAGUAGCCGCGUCGAACCGAAUCCACAAGAAAAACGUGGUAGUAAUAUUUUAUUACAUAGAAAGCUGAUGGAAUCUGGUGAGUUCUUGAUUGAUAUUUUAUUAGUAGGUAUUGGAUACUUAUAACAAUGAUACAAUUGCAAUAUACCUGACACCGUUUUUAGAUACAGAACGUAAUGAAGAAUAUAUUGGUUGUACAAUGAUAUUUAUUUAUUUAUUUUUUUAUCUGUGAUCAACCAGAAAUCUUGCUCAGAUUUUCAAGUGUAGUACCUUUUCUGAAAAGAAAUUUUUUAUCUGAGCUGUAUUAUAGUGUGGUCAUUUUUUGAUUUGCCAAGAAGUUUUCAUAAUAAAUGUGAAAAACAAAAAAUACACUUACAUUUAUAAAAAAAACUUCACUCCUAAUCAUUUUUCAUUAGCUUACAAACAUAAAUUAAAUUACUCUCUAAUCCUACCUAACUCCUAAAUCCUAACUUCUCACCUACCACAGUGACCAACCCAUUGUGCAUUUUUUUUUAUUAUUUAUGUUCAUUUGGUAUGUAAUAGAUAUAAUUUAAUGCAUUUAAUUUAAGACUACAAUUUGAUAUUUUUUGAUACAUUCUCAUUCUGGAUUUUAGUUGUAAUGUAAAUAGUAAAGUUUAUAUACCUGAAUUUAUAAAUUAUUAUUAAUAUUGAUUUUAUUAGUUUGUGAAUACUUCUGGAUUUUGAUUUUACUUUAUUUUAUUUUUAUUUUUGAUGUAUACAUAGAUAGGUACAUAUAGUAUAUAUAUAAAAAAAGAUUAAAACACAAGUAUCUAUAUAGUAUGAUAUAUAACACUUUAUAUUAUAUCCAUAAUUAAAAUAAGCAGCAAUCCAAUGGCAAAAAUUUAAAUGUUUAUUUAUUUUUUGAAUUUUUUUUUUGUUACCGUGUUAUUCUGUAUAACUUGUUAUCCUGUAAAAUACUCUUGGUAGAAUCUCUAACUGCGAAUUAUAUUUUAACUUAAAGGUGAAAUAUGACUGAAUUUGAACUGCAUUACAGUACACUAAUGACCCAAAUUAAACUUAGUCUAAAUGUAAAUUAGACUUAUAUUUUAUUAAUCUUAUGUUUUGAAACUUGUUAUUAUAAAAUUAUAAAAAUAUAUUCUGUACUAAAUUAAAGAAAUAUAUGAGAUGGUAGAAUGGUCAUUUAAUUAAUUUUAUUAGAUUAAUGUAAUAACCAGUACAUUGUUAAACAGGUAACAUUAAUCAAACAUUAUUUUAACAGACUAUACAAAAAUGUAUUGUUAUUGUUUUAUCAUCAAAUGCUAUUUUUAGAUGCAUUAAUGUAAAGUUAUAUACAAUUAUUAAUUAUAUUAAUAUUUUUUAAUCAUUUUAAAUUUAGAUAGAAAACGUGCUGGACCUCCUUUAGCAGUGCCUAUUGUUAGUAAAAAGCCUAAACAUCAUGGAGGCUCUAGUCAUAGUUCAUUUGCUUGGGAACAGAUGUGUAUUGAAGUUGAUACCAUUGAUUUGAUUGAUGCAUUGAACUAUUCCAUUCAAAAUCAAGAAAAUUUAAAAGCUGUAGGUUUACAAAUUUAAAAUUAUUUCUGUAUAGUAAAUUGGUUAAUUUGUAAACUGAUAUUUAGUAGUGUAAAUUUUAGUUUUUCCUUUAAAUUAAAUUAAUUUAUUUUUUAUAUUUGCUAUAGAACUUAAUUUUUUUAAACCUAAUCAUGAACUAUAAGGUUUAUUUUUUUAAAUAUUAAACAGUCUUAUCCAUCUAUAAUUUUUAAUCAUUAUGUUUGAUUGUAUUUUUUAGAUCGGAAUACUUCUUGGAGCUUUUAGAAUUAUGCAUACUCAACGAAUAAAACCAGAUUUGUUUUGGAGUCUAUCAGUUGCUUCUCGUCAAUUUCCUACAUUAUUUCAUAAUGAAGAAAUUAUUAAUGCAUUAUGCUCUAUCCUAACAUGUCAUUCAAUUGCUUCUACUAAACAGCGGCAUUACAAUAUAGUGUCUGCAAUAACAUCUGUUAACUUAUUAUUGGCUUCACAUGAUAAAUUAAAUAAUUGGCCUGAAGCAUUUGUUAAGGUAUGAUACAUAUAUAUAUAUAUAUAUAUAUGUAUAUAUGAUUAUUAUGGGUUAAACAAAUAUAUAUUUAUUAAUUAUUCACGUAUUUCAAGGUUUUUAUUGAAGAUUCAAUGGGCGAACGUUUAUGGGUAGAUAAUGAAGAGUGUCGAUAUUUUAUUGAAAACAUAAAAGUCAGUUUUAAUACUCGUCCUUUACCUUUUAUUCCUAUUGAUUAUUUGGAUACAACGAGUACAACAGAAGCUGUGUUACCUUCUCCAGAACCUAAUGAAAUAUCUAUUAUGUCAAGAUAUGGAGCAAAUCAAUUGACAAUUGAUAAUUUAAUUUUAGAUGUUGCUAAAGAAUAUUUAGUCCGAAAACAAUCUACUGAAGGGAUAUCCAGGAAUUUGCUUAAAUUAUUAUCUGCAGCUGCUGGAAUUUUAGAAGUUAGUUUAAAUUGAAAAAAAAUAAAUAAAUUACUAUUAAAAUUAAAAUUUUAGAUUCGAGUGAUGGUUGCUGGUAAAUUAGAGGUCUGGUUACAAAAUGCUAAACUUGUUCGGCCAGCUCAAGAAUUACUUUUAGCUAUUUGUGUUAACUGUACUUCCCGCAGUCAAAGAGACUUUGAUGUUAUAUCUACUAUUGUCAAAAUGAGAUUAAAAACAAAAUCUAUAGGCAACUUUUAUAUAUCAUGCAUCAAGUAAGUAUUUCCAAGCCUACAAUUUAAAUUAAGGAAUUAACUAAAAUGUAGUAUAAACACUAAUAAAUUUGCAUAGGUAUAUUUUAUUUUACAACUGAAAAGUCUAAUAUUUCUAAUAUUAUUCGAAAAUUCAAUCAAUAAUAGUUUAAUAUUAUUAUUUAUAAAUUAUGAUUUUAAAAUAUACAUGCUUUAUGUAUUUGAAUGCAUAUACAUAAAUUAACUCCCAAAGUAAAAAUAAUUUUUAUUCAAUUUUUUUUUCUCAAUAAAUAUUUAAAAAAAUUACUUAGUUUAAGUAUUUUAUAUGCAUUAAUGUGUAUUUAUCUUGUAUGAACAAUUGGAAUUAAUAAUAAAAUCUGUUUCCUUAUUAUAAUUUAUAAUCGUCUAAUAAGAAUUUAAAUUAAAGAACAAAUAAACUUUUGGCAUUGCAUAAUCUUAGUGAAUACUAAUAUUAAAUCCUUUUUGGCAACAAUAACACAAAAUGUAUAUUAUAUAUCUUUUAGAGAACUAAUUACAGCAAAUUCAUAUAAUUUACCAGUAAUUUUGAAAAAUGUUGUUUAUAAUGAAAUGUCUACAUCACGGAAUACAAGUAAUAUGGCAAUUUUUCAAGUUAUUUUUAAAUCCGAGCCAGAUCAAAGUGCACUACUUUUAGCUGACAUUUUUCAAGUUUGCUUUUUUAAAUAGUUUUUACAUUUUGAAUAAUUUUCUUAACUGAUAAUUUCAAUUCAUAUUUAGGAAUUAUUAAUAUUACGCGAUGACUAUUUAAGGCCAUUACGUGGACUUCUACGGGAAAUUUCACGUCAAGUUCGUUCUGAUUUUAACUUUUUGACCUUUUCUCAAGGACUCAUGGGUACCAAAGAUCUAUUAAAUCAAACUCCUGAAGUUAAGGAUAGAGUUUUUGCUGGAGUCGUAGACCUUUUAACACUGUGUAUAUUUCUAACUGUUUAUCCAUAUAUACGUUCUGAGAGAAAAGAUAUUUUACAGGUAUUUAAAUAAAAAUAUUUGAAAAAUAGUUUUAUUUAUCAUUUUCUUAAAUAUAAAAAUAACAUAAUGUUUAUUUUAUAGUUUGAAAAAGUACAACAUAUUAUAUCAAAAAUUCAAAAAAAAGGAGUUGUAUGGCUUCAAGAAAUGGCUAUAAGAAUCUAUCGACCUUCACCAACUGAUUUUGUUCAUGCACUACAUAAAGUAUACAUUUUAAUUUGUAUUUUUAUAAAUUCUACAAAUUUAAUAUUAACAAUAAUUUUUAUAUUAAUAAUUUGUUGUCGUUAGAUAUUAUUAAUGGAAUCAUCUGAGCAUUAUUAUAAAUUAGAAAGUUGGCCUCCAGAACAGGAUAGAGGUAUUAUAUUUAGAACUGCUACAGAAGUGCCAUUGUUACAAGGUACAGUUAUGACAAUACUUAAGAUUGGAUUGUCAAAAGAACAUCCUUUAAAUUCUCCAGAUGCUUUAGAGUUAGUAGAUCAAUUAGUGAAGCGUGCUGCUUCAUUACAAGUAUACCAAAAUUUUAACACAAUUAAAGGUAAUAGUCAAUAAAAAAUAUAUUUAAAAUUAAUCUAAUUUUAAUUUUAUUUUGUACACAAAUUUUAGCUGACAAAUGUGAAUUGUUUGAAAUAUUAUUAAAUUCAUGUGCAUAUCAUCAUCCAGAUAAAAUUGAAUUGCCACUAGGCUAUACACCACCACAAUUAGCAAUAUCUAACUUGUACUGGAAAACAUGGUUAAUAAUGUUAAUAUAUUGUGCUCAUAUACCUUCAGUUUUUGGAACUCUGGCCUGUAGAAAAUAUCCUAUGUUGAGAAUAUUUAUCGAGAUGUGUAUAACCAACAAUUUUUCUUUUCCUACAUUCUUGGAAGAUCUUCAGUUACAAUCAGUUGAAAAACAAAAGAUACUUGAAUUUGAAUCUUAUUUAGCUGCAGCUUCUACAAAAAUUACAAUUACCGAACAGACAAGCUUAUUGUUGAGUCAACUUAUGGGUAUGGAUCCUAUUGGUCCACCUAGGCGUCCACCAACUUCUAUUUUGGAUCAACUGAGAGUCAUGAAUACAAACUUUCGUAUUGGACACUUAUUAUGCAGGUCAAGAGAUCCAGAUUUUCUUUUAGAUAUUAUUCAACGCCAAGGUACCUCACAAUCAAUGCCUUGGCUUAAUGAUUUAGUAAAUUCAUCAGAAGGAUCAUUAAAGUAAAUAUUUACACAUUUAUAUUAUUUAUAGCUAAGUAUAAGAGAUAAUUUUCUAUUAUAAACUAUACUCCGGCCCACAAAAGUACAUUGCUACGUCCCAACCUUGUAUAAACACUUCCAUCUCAAACUCGCAAACCAUCAAAAUCCCCAUAUCUGGGAACUCUUCUCUUAAUAUUCCUGGUGACCCUGGUAGGGAUUUGAAAUGUAACCAGUAUUGAGACCUACUUGCUGAUUUACUACAGUCAAACACAUCAUGAAGUUCUAUUAAUGAAUUGUGUUUUUUAUCAAGUCCAUUUACUUACAAUUUUAAGAUGUAAACUAUAAUUAUUCUAGUCAUCUAAUGUUGAAAGUAUUGUUAAAUAUAUAUAUGUAUAAAAAUAUCAAACAAUAUUGAAAGUCACAAAUGAAGUUUAAUGUUUUUUAUUUUUUGUGUCUUAAAUUUAGAAAUAUCUUGGAAUACAUUUUUAAAUUAACUAAAGUUGUUAAAUAAUUUUGUUUCUAGUAAUUUACCAGUUAAAUGUUUGUGCGAAUUUUUAUUAAGUCCAAGUUGUCGACAACAAGGUAAAUUUAAUCAAUUACUGAAUCAUCUGAGAAAGUUGUUAAUGCAUCCAGAAACUGAUCCUACAAUAAGUUGUGAAGUUUUAGAACACUUUUUGAAGCGUCUAAGUUCUCCUACUAGUAGACAACAUGCCAUUUCGGUAAGUUAAGUAACACAGUUAUUAAAAAGUGAGAUCAACAUAAAUUGAAUGUGAUUUAUUUUAUUUAUAUUUUAAAAAUGUUACAUACUUUUUUUUUUAUAUUUAAAUUUGUUAAAAAAACAAAAACUAAGUAACAAUUAGUGGUAAAAAUUUAUGUCUACACAACUUUUAUUAUUUCCAGAAUAAGCUUUUUCUUUUUCAUUAUCUUCUGUAUAAACCCUAAUUAUUCAAUUUAAAUUAUCAAAUAAAUUUCUUGUCAUUUCCAACUGGCAAAAUCAUGCCAAUUGUUUUCCAUUCUCAAAUUUUUCACAUUGCUCAAUUCUUAAUUCUUCCACUUCAUACGUGGUCAACUCAAAGGAUCUUUCUUAAAAUUGAUUUUAUUGAGAUUUCCAUAAUGUCUUGUUUCACAUUCAUUCAUAACUAUUAUACAGUAAAACAGAAUCUUUAAAUUUCUUUAUAACACCUUUAUCCUUUGUAAUUUAAAUAAGUACCUAUUCCAUAAUUAAAUUAUUAUCUUUAUUUAAACUAAUUUCUCAUUGUUUUGUAUCAAAACCAAAUCAAAAUACUUUUUCACUUUCUUGAACAUGUAGGCACCCACCAUUAGACAUGUGUGUGUGAUCUGAAAUUUGUCAUUACCAUUUUAGCUCCAUUUAUCUCCUACUGCAUGUAGUAGUUUUUUUGUCUAUUCUAUAAGACUUCUAAUCUUAAAUCUCAGCUUGUUAAUUCUAAUCUUGUCUAAAAAAUAACUUUAUCAUAUACAUAAACCAAUACUCCAAACAUUGGGUUGACAAUUCAUAAUAUAUGGCUGUCACAAGCUACUUUCUGUAAUGAUUUGUUGAAUAAUAUAUGAAGACUAAAUCCUCUUGUUUAUAUCCACUUUAUCAUCACUUGAGUUCCUCGUGAUAUUAUAUUGCCGAUUUUAAUCUUGAUAUCUGUAUAAAGAAUACUUGUCGUUAAAUUUAAAUGGUUAAUUUUUGAUUAGUAACUAAGCUUUCAAAUUUUGAUUUGUAUUUUUAAUAAUAAAAUAUGCUUUAUAAAUAAUUUGGUAUUCUUCAUACAAUUAUUAUAUACACAUAAUAAAUAUAUUUAAUAAAAAAACUAAGGGCCAUAGAAGUUGGAAGUUAUUGUAAUUUGAUUAAUAAAAAUAUGAAAUUAUUAUGUUUGGUAACACCACUUAUAAAUAAUUUACUAAUUUAAUGGUAUUGUUAAUCUUAUUCUACAUAAUUUUAAUUAUUUAACUGUCUAAAGUUACUAUUUAUUAUGAUUUUUAAGGGUUUAAAAUUACUUUUAAAUGCCGCUGAUGAUAAGAUAAUUGAUGUUGAUAAAGUAAUUGAAUCAAAAAAUGAUGUUUCAUGGUUAUUAACCAGUUUACCACAACUUCCAAAUUUUCCUGCAUUUAAAUCUCAGGUGAGUUUUAUUAGCUGUUCAAUUUUAAUUUCAAAUAAUUUAUUUUUUAAUGAUCUUAUAAAUAUUUAAAAUAAAUUAUUUUAUAGAUAGUUAUUUUUUUGCGACAAGCAUGUCAAGUAGAAAAUGACCCACAUUUAAUAACAGCCUAUUUAACUUUUUUGGCUGAACGAACAUCUGAUGAAGACAGAGUGGAUAGUAUAACAAAUGAACAGCUUACUGAUAUGGUACUUGAUAUGGCACAAUUAAUUGUUGAAAGAAGUACAGUUAUGGCUGUAGUAUUACCCUUAUCAACAGAUACAGUUACAGUUUUUAAUGUUGCACUUGACUCUUUAGUCAACAUAUUUUAUACUUUUUUAUGCAGGGUAAAUAUACAUGGUAUAUAUGUAUGUAUAUUUGCUUAACAUAUAAAUUUGUAUUUCUAUUUUUUAUUGAUUGUAGGCUAGAGAACCUUUUCGUCAAAAUCAUCCUUGGUCAGAAAAUCAAGAUCAAAUUCUUGUAACAUGGCCUGGUGGUUCUGAGUGUACUUUACAUAUUCUAGUUGUACAUGCUAUGAUUAUAUUGUUGACUUAUGGUCCUCAGUGUAUUCACGAAUCAAUUAAAUUUGAUCAUUUGUUGGAAGCAUGGUUUCCAACAGAUAGGAAACAAAUGCCUAAAGUAAUUUAAUAUUUUAAUAUUUUUUCAUUGUUUAUUAAUUAUAAACAAUUUCUGAUAGGCAUAUCUUAUUGAUACAUCUGAAGAAGCUCUACUUAUACCUGAUUGGCUUAAACUGCGUAUGAUCAGGUCUAGGGUUCCUAGACUUGUAGAAGAAGCAUUAACUGAUCUUGAACCACCCCAGCUAAUAUUAUUUAUUCAAUCAUUUGGUAUACCAGUUGCGUCAAUGAGGUGAAUUUAAUAUUUAAUGAAAUUUAAAAAAAAAUUUCAGUAAAAAAAUUAAUAAUUUACUUAAACAGCAAAUUAUUGGAAAUAUUGGAUAAAGCUGUGUGCCAUGAUUCAGAAGCCAUUAAAGCAGCUGUUAUGGAUAAAGCAUAUAUGGUGCAACUUGUUCAAGUACAACAGAGACGUGGUGCUCAAGGAGGUCAAAUAUUUUCAUCGGUAUUAACUUUAAACGAAGAACCAAUGGUAUUAUAUGUAGAGGAUAAAGUUCAAUCAUCAGAUAAAAUACAAUUACCAAAAAAAGGUAUCUUAUUCAAUAAAAUAUACUUCAUAAAUUAUAUCUUAAAUCUUAAUAUUAAUAUCAUAUUUCAGUGAAGCCAAAGCCUUUAAUAGAAACUAGUAAGAAUUUAAAUGUUGAUUUAAUCAUUAGGAAAAUGUUUACUUCAAAAAUGGAGGGUGAUGAAUUCUUAUCUAUAUUACAGGUGAAUAAAAUAAUAAUAUGUUGUUUAACUUGAAAUGUAAUUUAAUUUAUUUUUUGCAGUUAUUAUCACAAGACACAAAAAAAAGAGGUCUACAAUUUAUGUUAAAAUUCUUAAAAGAUAUAUCAAAAAGUAAAGAAUUUUUAUGCUGUAUUGUAGCAAAAGAAAAUGUAUCUUGCCAUUUAUUGAAAGUGUUAAUGAUGAAGUUUGGCUAUAAUGAACUAUUGAUGUGUAUUGUUAAAUUAAUGUUUACUCAAGUUAAUGGGAAAAAAAACUUGUAUAUGACCAUCACAAAUUAUUUAAAUAAAUAUGGUUUGUUUAUAUUUUUUUUGUCUUUGGUGUUAAAUUAAAACAUUGGGUUUAUAUUGUGUAAUUAUAAUUUUGAUUUAGAGUUAACUAAGCAAAAUGUGCCUCAGAAAAUAAAAAAAGAUUACAAAACAAAUGCUAUGGAAAUAGAUAUGUCAAAAGGUCAAAAGCGUUCACUUUUUGUUGAUCUACCAAAAGAAAUUGAAUUGAAAAUAUCAGAUUCAACAAUUGACCAACAAGUAUGAAUAUAUUAUUUUAAAAUUAUACGUUUAACUAUUAUCUAUUUUAUUAAUUUUCAGGUAAAUAUGUUGUUUUCAAAAACAGUUGAUGAGAGAUGGGAAUCUGUUAGAAAUUGCAGACCAUAUUUACUAACUUUAUUAAAUCAUCACAUGAAUUGGUCUUCACUGGAGUGUGUUUUAGACAUUAUAUUAGAGCUGAGUAAUGUUGAAAAGUUAGUUAUUAAAUAUUAAUUUAUUGUGAUUUUUAAUUAACAGUUAUAUUUUUUAUUUUUAACAUAUUAAUUAGUUUAUAUUUAAAUAAAACAUUAUUCGCUUACUUAAUUAAAUUGCAAAAGUAAAAAUUAAAACAUUUUUAACUACUUAUUAUUAUUUUAGAUUUGAGCCGUCUUCAGUUCUAGACUUAAUAUCAGCUAUCACCACAAACCCAAAAUUAUGGCAAGGCAGAGAAAUGAAUGCAUCUAAAAGUAGAUCAAGAGAAGGAUUAAUGUCAUUAAACAAUGAUCAAGUAAUAUUAUUUUUUUUAAAUAAUUGUGCUAACAUUUUUCAUUGAUCAAUUCAAUUUUCUGGGGAAAAAAUUGAGUAAAUAUGAAAAACGUGGUAGUGUUUUGAUUUAAGUUGUGUUCAAAUGGUUGUUAAUUAUAAAAUACCAACUUUUUUCCUUAUGAACGCAAGAAAAUGGUUCUAGAGUAAGCUUAAGAUAAAAAAAAGUCUGGCUUUGAUAAACUAAAAUAUUUGGCUUUUCUACAAAGAUACUUUUGAAUCAUUUUAAAUCAAAAUAGUCAAUGAAUGAAACAAAGAAGUUUAUAUUUCGCAAUAAAUAUUUGUGUUUUUUUAAAAGCUUACUGCAUUGCUGUUGUAUGUGAUUGAAGAGUGUAAAUUAAAACAUGAAGAUCCAAAUAUAACUUGGACAGAGCUAUCUGCAUUUAUGUCAACGAAGUUAUCAGUAAUAUUGAAAAAUUAUGUAGUAAGAAAUGAUUGUGUAAAAAUUUUCCACAAUAUUUAUAUGAAAUACAUCAAUAGGUAAUUUAAUUUAAAUUCAUCAGUAAAGUUUUGAAUAAUAGUAAUUAAUAAUUUUACUUAAUUAUUUAAUGGUUUUUCAGUUCAAAUAUUACAGUUUUCAAACAGAUUUUAAGUUUAGUGUAUACCAAUGAUCCAAAUAUCAUUAGUAAACUACAGUAUUAUGACAUGGAUGGUUUCUUAGAUCCAAUUAUUAUUAAAGGUAUACAUAAACAGUACAUUUAUAAUUUAUUAAAUAAUGUAAAUAAAUUGUUUUUAAAUCUGUUAGAAAGUGAAGGAUGUGUUUUGGAUUCAAUUUCGCAUACUGUUGUUUCAUCUAUUGUGUCCACUAAGAUUAAAAGAGACAAAGAAUUGAACAAAAAGAUUUAUGAUUAUGAAAUAUUAGCAAAGAGAUUAUGUACAACUCACCCUCUUCUUUUCCUAAGGUAAUAUUCCAAGUUUAUUUAAAUUUUAUUUAUUUAUUUAAAAAAAAAAAAAACAUUUAUAUUUUUAUAACAAGUAUUAAAAUUAAAAUUUAAUUACACCUUUAUUUAUUUUUAUUUUAGGGUAUUUGAACUUUUAUCAGCUCCAUUGCGUCGUUGUUGUUAUUUAGAAUUUAAAGCUAUGAAAUCUGGCCAUAUUUUGUUACUCAAUAAUAUUCUCGAUUUAAUAGAAAGUUUAGAGCCUACAGUGUACUUACCAUUUUAUACUGAUGCACUACAUAAACUGUUGGGCAUUUUUCUUACAAUUAUUAGUGUAAGAAUUUUAUUAUACUGUAUAGAAUGUAAUUUUUUUAUUAUUAUAAUUGUUUUUUUUAUAUAUUCAGAACAAUUUAAAUAAUGUGAGUACUUCAAGGAAAGAAUUUAAUACACUCUUAACAAAAUUUGGUAAUCGUGUACACAGUUAUAUGGCUGAAAAUUCACCAGAUGCUAUGGUGUUUAUUAAAUCAAACAUUAUUUGGUUUGGGUAAAUAUAAUUUUAUUAUCUAGCAUGAACAAAUAUAACUAAAUGUAUGCUUCUUUCCAGUAAUAUCAUUGAAAGAUACAAAGCUAUGGGAAAUUUGAAUUUAUUAAUAAGCCAAAAUGAUCAAGUGAUUGUUUUACAACCAACUAAUGAAAUAUCAAGCGAAUUGCCAUAUGAUAACUUCUUUAGUUGUUUUAAAGAUAUUGGUAAUUGAAUUAUAUUAUUUUUACUAUAUACAUUUAUUUAUAAACAUUUUAAACAAAUUUGAUUACUACGGGAUCAUUUAAUACUUCUAUUUAUAAGUUUUAAUUUUUUUUUUAAUAUUGUAUGCAACUCAAUCCAGCAAGUAAACUUUUGAUUUACCAACGGUAACCCAAAAAUUAAAAAAAAAAAAUUGUAUUCUAUUAAUGUAUUUAUUUUAUUAAUAUUUUUGGGGGGGUAUAAAUAAAACUGUUUAAUGUAUUAUUUUUGGAAUUUUAAAAUUAUUUUCUUUUUUUUCAUGUAAUUUAUAUUUUACUUAUUAAUAAUAAUGUUUGAUAAGUAAUUAACCUUAUACAAGUUAAUCGUAAUAAAAUGAUACAUUCAUAUGUUGUAAAGAAAUAACAUUUUUAAAAGAUCAAUUGAUGGUUUGUGAUCAAAACAAUUGUCUUACUAAUGUCUUAUUGUUUUAUUUCAGAUUCUGCAAAUAAUUUAUUAGCAGACAUGGAACGUUCUGCAUAUCGAAGUAAUCGAGCUUUAGAACCAUUCUUAAAUAAAGUCACAUCUUUGAUCAGAAAUCCUAGUUCACAUUUACGUCUUCCAUCUCUUGGAUUAUUAUUGCAUUACUUACAGUUUAAUAAUAGUAAUUCUUCUACUAAUUCUGUGUUAAUACCAGCUAUACUAAGUGCUUUGUUGUCUGAUGAUGAUGAAGUUUCAAGUACAAUAAGAAACCAUAUUGAUUCAUUGUCUAUGUCAAGAGGUAAUUUUUUUGUAAAACUUGAAUUUAUAUCUGGGUUUUUUCUUUUGUUACCUGUCUUCUACUGACAAUUAUUACUCAACUUUUUUUUUGAUUUAUCUCCAAAUUAUUUUAAUAUUAAUUUUUGUUUUAUUUUUAGAAAUGGCAUUGUCUUUGUUACUGGAAACUUUUAAUGUUGGCAUAUAUAAGAGCCUGAACACAACUACUAUGAUAACAAAAACUAUUUCUACAAUGAAUUUACAAUCUGGAUGUUGAAUUUAUGUAGUGUAGAUAUAUUUUAAAAAUUUGCUGAACUAAAUAAACAAUUUAAAUUUUUUAAAUUUUGUGUAUAACCAUUCAUAUUAAAAUAAUAAAUACCAUUUACAAAACCUCACAGUAUCUAGAAAAAUACUGAACUAAUUCUGUUUAUAAUGUAAGUUAAAGAAAUAUAAAAACUCAAUUGAAUUUAUUAUAGAGAAGUAACUUGUUCUAGAACUACUUUUCUGAAUAUUAAAUCCAUACCCAAGUAAUAUUUUUAUUUUAUCAAAAAAAAAAUGUUUAAUUAUUUAUAUAUAUUUAUGUUUAUUGUAUAAUCAUAUUUGUUCAUUGUCAUUAUUUAGUUAGCAGUUAUAUAAAUUAUAAAAUAAAAUAAUUUGGCUUACACUUGAAAACCAAAUAGCAACAGUAUCAAUCUAAACUUUUACAAACUAAAAUAUUAAAUAUUCAGUAUUGUGUGUAAUCAUUAUUAAGCUUGUUUUAAUAGAAUAUUAUUUAUUUUGUAAGUUACUUAUGAGUUGGAAUGCUAUUUUAGUGUAUCUAUUAGAUUUAAAUUAUAGUUCAUCUUGCAUUAAAUAUGACAAUUUCCAUGAAUUAAGUAUAGGCACAUAUGCUAAUAUUGUUUCAUCCUACCAAUAUGCAAUCGGCUGUUGGAAAAUUCCAUAGGUUUUUACAAAUAUUAACUAUCUAAUUUCUGUUAAUUAUGCAUAAAUUAUUCUAUCGCAGAAAAAUAACUUAUUAUUUAAUUGUUUAACGGUAUGUAGAUCUGUUUAAGCCACACAUUGAUUAAUAUACAUAAUCAAUAUUCAUAGUAAUUUAACUUGCCAUUAUUAAAUAAGUUGAAAUUGAAUGUUGUAUACUCUAAUGAUGUAUAUCAAAAUUAAGCUCCAUACAAAAAAUAUAUUUUUUUUUUUUUUUUUACUGAAUCAUAACACAAAUUAUACAUUUUCAUAAAUAUUUAUUAUUUGUAUAGCUAUAUAAAUAUAUGUUCUACAGUUGGAAAUAUAUACUUAAUAUUAGUAAUAUAGUUAUAAGUUUAUUAAACAUAAUUUAAUGGUUAGUAAAUUAAAAUUAUUUAUGACAACAUAAUUUCUAAACAAUAAUCGGGUUUUCCAUGAAUUAAAUUUUAGUGAUAUAUUUUAUUUAUACAUUUUAAAUUGUAGGAUAAAUAAUAAAAUACUUGUUGACACACACAUGAUAUAUUUUAAGAUAUUAAUCAUAACAUAUUUUGAUUGUCAAAGUGAAAUAAUAAAAAUAAACAUAAUUGACUUAAUUGUUACAGGAUAAGGUAACUUAUGAUAGUAUGAAAUUAUGUAAUGUGAAUUAUAAUACAAUACAUAAUUAUUAUUUAACUAGUGUAUUAUAAUAUUUACCAGAAAUUAGUAUUUAGUUUGAAAACUGUGUUUAAAUAAAAUAUUUAUCAGACACAAACGCUUUACUUUUAUUGAAUAUUAAAAAAAGGAAAAUAUAACUGCAAAUUGUAUAAACUUUUAACAUUUAAGUUAAAUAAUAUGCAGCCAGUUUAUUAGUAAGUACAAUAUUUUAAUCACAAUAUUGAAAUGGCCCUGUAACGUUAUAUUUUAAUAUAUAUAUAUAUAUUAAGUGGCUUGGUGUAAUUAAGGCAAAUGUCAAAAAAAAAAAAAAAGUUUUUCAAUAAUUAUGGGCUUUAUGUUAGAUUUUUGGAAAUAUAUUUUUUUAUUAUUGUUCUGUGCACCAAGCCUUAGAUAUAUAUUAUGACAAAAGUAUGAAUAAUUGGUUUAAUCUUUCUUACACAAUAUUUUAAUUUUGAAUUUUGCCAAUACGCACUACUUAAAAGUAUUAGGCUGAUUACAUUAUGAAUGAAUUUUGUUGUUUAUGUUUUAGUAUUCGAAAUUAAAAAUGUAUGAUACGCAAAUGAUAAAGCAUUAAUUAGAAAAAUAUUUUGUAAUUAAAUUAAAUACAUACAUAUUAAUUCAUUAAGUAUUAUUCACUGUUUAUUGUAAUAAUUUAAAAAUAAUAUUUAGUAGACUAAUAUCUAAAAUUACAUUACGUUUGUUAAUGGUUUGUAUUUUAUGUAACUUAAUAUACCAAAGUAGUAAUUUGCAAAAAAAUAUUUAACUAACAUAAUGAAAAAUCGUUGGAAAAAUUAAAUGUUAGAAUUAAUAAAAUGUUUGAUCAUCAGUAAGUGUUAACAAAUUUUCAAAUUUAAAACAGGAACUAUUACCUUAAAAUAUUUUUUGUAGUAUAUGCAUGGAUUAAUUAUUGAUUUAAUAAAACAAACUAAAAAUGGCACAACACAUAUAUAUAUCUCAUACAAGUAUUCAACUUUCACGAAAAAAGGAUAACAAAAUAUGAUUUAAAACAUUUACCCCAUCUUCCCAAAAAGUUAGUUAUAAUUAUUUUGUAUUAAGAAAAAAAAAUAUUUAUAAUAAUCAUAGACAAUCAAUAAAUUACAAAAUUAUACAAAUCUUAAGAGCAUUACCAACAUUCAUACUUUUACUAAAACUUAUAAAUUUAUACUAAAAUAAGAUUACUAAUUUAAACUUAAGAAAAAAAAAAUAAAUUACACUUCUAUCUAACUACAGUAAUACAUUUUUUUGAGAUGAAUAAAUAUUGUUUUCAUUUUCCAUUCUAGAUUUUUUUUUAAAUAAUUAUAUUUGUGUGUAUUAAUGUGCGUUUUUUAAUAAAUAUUAUAAUUUAAGUAUUAAAAUUAAUAUUAAUUAUAUGAUAUAUUGCACCAGUAGUAUAUACUUAAAUAAUAGGUUUAAAACAAUAAUGAUAAUGAUACAUAUUAUAUGUGUAGUGUAUGUAUUCUUAUUUUUAUUUUAUUGCUAAAAUACUUUUGGAUGGCACUUAAAUUUAAAUAAAUUUACUUUUAUUGUAAAUAAAUGUUGUAUAUAGUGUAUUUAAUGUUGUAGGUAACUUUAUGGAAACUUCAUGAGUUUAACUAAACUAAGGAUAUUGUUAAGGAUGUGUCAUCAAUUAAGUAUUUAUUUCCACAUAUAUAAUUGAACUACUUAUUGGCCAAAUCUUGAAAUCUUACACAAAUUGUUGUCAUAAAACGUCUCAGCAUACCCUUAGCUCGAUUCUGCCAUUCAUUAAUUUUUUUUAUGUUCGAUUCAACUAUAAAAUAAUAAACUAAAAUAGUGAAAUUUUGUUUAAUAAUUAUAAGAAUUAAAUAUUUAAAUAAUCAUACAUAAAUGUGAUCCUCCAUUGCACUUGGUC